UUGACCGUCGCUGCUUUCCGUUACUUCUCUACUCAUAUCGCCAGUGUUGUGUUGUUAUGCUGUAUUGACGAUCACAGUUGAAUACCCAUGAACACUGAGUGAAGUAGCAUAUGUCAGCUUUAGAUUACGUUUAAAAGGUUUGGAUUCACAGUUUUACCUAAAUGGAUUCUCCCGUCGAGUCGUAUGUUACUGAACUUGUGGCCCGGGAGCGAAGUGGGCACACGGCAUUAUUAGAAGGAGGCUUUCUAUACGUGUGGGGUGGUUAUGUGUCAGUAGCUGAUGAUGAAAUUUUCCUCCCCAAUGAUGAAAUCUGGCUCUAUGACAUUGAGAGUGGUGUAUGGGAGACCCAUGCGAUGGGAGGGGAAGUGCCUCCCUCCAUGUCAGGGACUUGUGGUAGCUCUUUGAAUGGAGAGAUGUACAUAUUUGGAGGCUGCGAUGACGGUGGCCACACCAAUCAGCUUUACAGUGUUAACCUCCUAGAUGGGAUGUUCAUGUGGAGGAAGGUGUCCAGCAGUGGCGGGGUCCCACCCUCGCCGCGGGAUAAGCUGUCCUGCUGGGUGUACAAAGACAGGCUCAUCUACUUUGGUGGAUAUGGUCGGAAGCUGCUGAGAGAGCUCGACAAUUCCAGGAGCUUCAUUGUAGACGAGGCCUCAUGGAUAGAAGAGGUGUUUUGGGGAUGGAACAACGAAGUCCAUGUGUUUAACACAAGCACAGCCGCUUGGAAUCAACCUCGCACCCAUGGCCUCGCUCCAGUGCCGAGGGCCGCCCACGCAGGGGCCACGCUGGGCAGCAGAGGGUACGUGUGUGGGGGCCGAGUUGUGGAGACCAGGAUGAGUGACAUUCACUGUCUGGACCUGGAGACUUGGACUUGGAAUGAAAUUGUCCCCGUGUCCCCGGUGCCUCUGGGCCGUUCAUGGCACACACUCACUGCGGUAUCAGACAGCUCCUUGUUCUUAUUCGGUGGGCUGAGCGUAGCAUGCACCCCUCUGAGUGAUGCCUGGCUUUUCAACGUCAAGACAAAAGUGUGGAGAGAGCUUGAGCACACGCACAAAGACAAGCCAAGGUUGUGGCACACAGCAUGUCUGGGGAAAGACUCUGAUGUCAUUGUGUUUGGAGGAAGCCGGGACUACAUCCUCUUGGUGGAUACAGGCCACUGCAAUGAUGCACUUGUUUUCCAGACCUGUCCUUACUCCCUUCUCAGGUUAUGUGAAGAUUGUAUUGGGAAGAAUGCUGAGGUGCUACAGGAACAGUUGUUGUGGUUACCACCAAAACUAAAGCAAGGCAUACUGAGGAGGAUUUCAUUUUUUAGGCCAGCUGCAAAUUUUCUGAAGAUAAGCUAUGCUGCAUAAUGGCUUAUGGACAUAAGGCAGCAAGGAUUGCAGUAAUUCCUUGACAUAUGGUGAUACUAAUGGGCUGGUAUCACGGUUAUUCUUAUUACAGGCAUACUCAUUCAAGGUGACCUGCAGUACUCGGUUUAAUGCAUUGUAUCUUUUGUAUUUAUGUAUUUUAAAGAACAGUGAAAAUUUCACUACUCAAACGAAAAUUUACCAUUGAAAAGACAUGUGUCCCUGCCGAUGCUUUCAAGUGACUUUCAAGGUUAAUUUGCAUAUAUUUUAAGUGUAAAGUCAUCAUUGUAUAUGUUAGCUUUCACAUGCUGUGGGCUAUGUUCAGAUACCUUUGCAUUUGUAAGAGCCAAGAAAUAAAAAA